UUAAGAGCAACCCACAGCAAUGCUGUUGGAGAGUGCAAGGGAAUCCGGACCAGUUACUGGCCUUUCUGCUAUACCCAGGAAAGGCAGCUCUUCCUACCUCAGAAACUAAAGCAACAAAACCACCAGAAAGCAGAUAUAAGGAGAGCUGUCAGACCCGGCUUACACAUAACAGCCUUUUCACUCACUUUGUGUAAAAAGAAAGAAAGUUAUGCCUCGCUCCAAGGUGUAACUCCAGAUGGACCAAGCCUUUAUGAAUAAAAAAAGUGCUCAGUGAUUUGGUUACAAUUUCCAGUGGGUCACAGCCCAGCAUCCCAACACAAAUGCCAUCAGGAAAGCAGAGGCUGAAGCAAUCAUACUCUAGUAAAUCACAUCUACUUAGAAAUUACAAGAUUUUAAGGAGCUGGGAGGCAGGAGGGCUCUGGUUUGGAGGAACAUUCAGAGCACACUUUGAUGCUUUCUUCUUCAGCCAGGAGGGAGGGGAUACUUGUUCUUAUGGACUGUAAAAUACUUACAGAUGUUCCCGUAAUCGUUGAUGCCAAACCCUGAUGCCCCUCACGCAACAGAACUAUUACACAUGGGGAAAAAAAGCACACGACUUCCAGUGUUGUUUUUGCCAGCCAGCAAGGCGUGAAGAAAGGAUUUCUCAGUCUCUGUUCAGUCCUUCCAGAAGCCAGAUUUUCUCUGAGGUUCACAGAAGGGUUUCUGAAGGCCACAUAGGGAAACCAAAGCGGUGGAGAGCAAACCAGGCCACUGUCCAAAGGAGGAAGAGGACUGCAUUCAAACAGAAAAACUGUGGAGCAGUCUCCUCACUUAUCUGGAAGCUCAUGCUUUGCUUCUUUUCCUUGUCCUGGCUGUUAACAGAUUCACCCCUGGCUGCAUCCCAUCCGCUCUCAAAGCCUGUGCUGCUCCCAUCCCCUGCCUCUCACACCCAAUCUCUUCUGUGGAGCCCAGGCUUCACCCUGAGAAUCAGGCAGGUUAUGCCCAGCUCAGCUUUAUUUUCUCUUUUUAGUUUUUUUGUUUUUGUUUUUUUUUUUUCCUGCCUUGUAAAAAAUAGUUCAAUGCUUUAUAGAGCUUCUGCUGAUACCUGCUUCCUCCUUUUGGCCUGUUUGUGACCAUUCUUUGGGGAUGUUCACAUCCUUCCUCCUUUUGGCCCAUUUGUGACCGUUCUUUGGGGAUGUUCACAUCCUUCCCACUUCCUUCAUCCUUUUGGCCCGUUCGUGACUGCUUUUUGGGGAUGUUCACAGGAUACGGCAAGCAGCGCUGGCACCAGGAGGGGCAGAGGAGGAAGACAGGGGUGGCAGAGCACCAGAGCUGGCAAGAGGAACUCGGCACGGUUACCUACCUGCCAUGCUGGGCGGUACUGGGCUUGCCACUCCUUUGAGCGAGGGCGAAGGGCAGCUUGCUAACCUCCUCCUUGCUAUCUGCCCGCUGCCGGGCGGAGGCAGCUCCCUCCCAGGGCGGGCGAGAGUCCCACGCGGAAGUCAAGUCACUGCUCGGUGCACAUGAACCUCAGGUGAAGGAGCUGGGGAAGGAAACCACACUCAGCGAGAAACCCCGGGAGCCUCGCAGCUCAUCCCACCUGCAGCCUCCGCUUCACCAUCUGCCCGGCAGACUGCUCCUCUGAGAUCUGCCCAGAGGGGCCAGAGGAGACCAGGGGAAAGAGAAAGGCUCUCCACCAUGCAGGAUGAAAUUCUGUUGUCUCCCUGGAGGGAUUUUCCUGUCGAAGACACGGACCCAUUUUCCCCCCCGGAUGAAGAGAAGUGGGAUUUCGUCCUGGUAAGCGACAUCCAUGAAGUGGGCAGCGAGAAGGAGAUCAAGAGGAAGAAGUUCCUGGAUGAGCUGAACAAGAAGGGGUUCGCCAUUAAGAAAAUUGAGGACAAGAAGCUAUUUUAUGGCGUCCGUGCCCCAAAACAGAUCUUCUGGAAAUACCAGUGGCUCCUGAGGAACCCUGACAGCAGGCUGCAAAGCCCCAAUGUUGAUGACAUACCAGUGACCACCAGGAUACGGAUCGUGAACUUCAUCCUGCAGAACACGAUGACGCCUGACCUCGAGAAGCUGGAUGACCUGAUGAACAAGAAGGUCUUUGAGGCAUCAUUUCCCCUGCAUGAGAAAGAAGAAUUAAGCGAAUUCCUAAAGGAGAAAUGGGCUCGCUGGAGAGUUAUAUUUUGCAAACAGCCGAUUGAGAAGAUCAGGUGCUAUUUUGGUGAGAAGGUGGCCUUGUAUUUUGCCUGGCUGGGCUGGUACACCUACCUGCUGGGAAUCGCCGCGGUGGUCGGACUGGUGGUCUUCGUGGCUGGGAUUACCAUCUUCAAUUCCAGCCAGGUGAGCAAGGAGAUCUGUGAAGCCAGCAACACCAUCAUGUGCCCGCUCUGCGACCAGAAGUGCCCGUUCUGGCUCCUCUCCGACACCUGCACCUAUGCCAAGGUCACUCAUGUGAUUGACAACGAGGGGACAGUUUUGUUUGCCAUUUUCAUGGCGAUCUGGGCCACUGUGUUCCUGGAGCUGUGGAAGAGGCAGAGAGCCACCGUGGUCACUGACUGGGACCUGUACAGGUGGGAUGAGGAAGAGGAGGAGCUGGCUCUGGAGCUGAUCAAUAAUUUGCAGCACGAACCCCGGCAGUACCAGCACUCCUACUUCCGCAGCACCAUCAUACUCCUCCUGGUUCUGGUGAUGAUUGCCGUGCUGAUCGGCAUCGCCCACGCGCUCGUCAUUUACCGGGUGGUGGCGACGGCUCUCUUCACCCAGAGCGACUUCGACUUCCUCCGCGAGCAGGCCAACACGAUGGCGGUGAUGACAGGGGCUGUGCUGCACUACAUCACCAUUGUCAUCAUGACCAAGGUCAACAGGCACGUGGCCCUCUUUCUCUGCGACCUGGAGAAACCACGGACCUUCACCCAGCGUGAGAACAACUUCACCGUGAAGAUCUUCACCUUCCAGUUCUUCACAAACUUCUCUUCACUCAUCUACAUUGCCUUUUUCCUGGGACGGAUCAAUGGCCACCCAGGGAACUAUGUGCGCGUUGCCGGCAAGUGGAGGCUGGAGGAGUGCCACCCCAGCGGCUGCAUCACCGACCUCUUCAUCCAGAUGGCCAUCAUCAUGCUGCUCAAGCAGACCCUCAGCAACAUGAUGGAGUAUUUCGUCCCCUGGCUACGCCACAAGCUGCGCAAGCAGCAGCAGCGCCCCAAGAAGAGAAGCGUGAUGUUAGGAGAGGAGGAGGAGGCCGAGGACCCCUGCAAAAGGCAUUGGCUGAGCAACUACCAACUCAACAAGGUCAACGUCUUCAGCUUGUUUGACGAGUUCUUGGAGAUGGUGAUCCAGUACAGCUUCACCACCAUUUUCGUGGCUGCCUUUCCCUUCGCCCCGCUGCUGGCGUUCUGCAACAACCUCAUCGAGAUCCACCUGGACGCCAAAAAGAUGAUGCGGCUGUACCGGCGCAUGGUGCCCAGGAAGGCCAAUGACAUCGGAAUCUGGCUGCAGGUCCUGGAGGCCGUCGGUAUCCUGGCUGUCAUCGGGAACGGACUGGUGAUCGCCAUCACGUCCGACUUCAUUCCCAUGCAGGUCUACAAGUACACGUACAGCCCCUGCAUGACGGAGAACAGCACUGGCGUGGACUGCUCGACCGGCUUCGUCAACCACAGCCUCUCCGUGUUCCGCAUCCAGGACUUCGAGCCCCACACAAAGGUGCCCGAAAUGCUGCCGGGCUUCGUCAGGAGCGAGAUCAAGGAGUGCAGGUACCGGGAUUACAGGAACGCCGACGACUACAGCUACACCGUCCAGUUCUGGCACAUCUUCGCCGCCCGGCUUGCCUUCCUCAUCCUCUUUGAGCACGUGGCUCUGUGCGUCAAGCUGAUCGCAGCCUGGUACAUCCCUGACGUCCCCCAGUCGGUUAAGAAUCAGUUUCUGGACAGAAAACACCGCAACCUUCGUAAAGAGCUGAGCAUGAUGGAGUACUCCACCGAGGUCUGAAGGAGAAACACAGCCCUGAGCCCCCCUCCCCAGCCUGGCAGCGCCGUGGGCACGGGAGGAACCACCCCGGCAGCACCCGCAGAAACGGGACGCGUGUCCCGGCUGUGACCGACCUUGGACUUGAGCUGGGAAGCGACAGCGUGACGGUGGCUUUGCAGGAGCAGGAUGCUUUCCAACUCGCAUGGCUGCGAGGAGGAAGGAAGUUGUGGCAGAGCCAGGGAUGGGGCACGGGGCAUUCCCAGCACGCCGAGGUGCUGGGGAAGAGCUUUGGCACCGGGGACAAACUGGGGUGCAGCAUCCAGCCGCUGAUGGACACUGGUCUGUGGGAGACCUGGCUCCCUCGUCAGUCACUGCCCCAACGUGCGACUCAGCAGCCCAGGAAAAGCCAGUUACCUCAUUCCAGGUUCCCUCUCCAGCUCUUUUUUUGUACUUCGGCCUCUUUUUCCUCUGCUUUAAUGACGUCCCUGCUCUUGCAACGCUGAGAAACUUGAGUCCUUCCUCUUUCACCGCAGCCAGCACAAUCCUCCUCUCGGCACGAGUACCGCAUGGCUGCAGCUCCAACGUGCUGUUUUCACGGACAUUGGAAAAAAUGAAGUUGUGUCAGUCUGACUGCGUUUUGCUCUGGGCUCAGCCAAGCUGCCCCAAGCACACCCGACAGUUGUGCCUGGCUCAACUACCACAAGCAAAAUGGUAAAUAAACAUAACACCCGCACGGACACAA